AUGCGGAUCCUAACCCCAACUGCGCUACUGCUCUCGGCAGUUGUUACGCUUGGUGCUGUUCAUGGGGGUCGACGUGAAAUUCAGCAAACCUCAACUGCUACCCAGGCGCUCGUGGCAGAAUUCGCCAGUGCUACGCCGCAAGCCACGAGGCCCUCUCCUACAAUCGACCACAACAAGCCCUCGAAAAGCAAGGACAAGAGAGCGCUACUCGCAGCUGUACACCAGGCAGCCGAAGAUGAGUAUAAACGGAAAUUCCACGAAGACGACGACUAUGGCAGAUGGGCAAAGGAUCCGAACCUCAACAGAGGGCCUUACUGGAGCAAACCGUUUCGAUCUAUACUCUAUGCGCACCCUAACAAAACCGUGAUCGACCGUGGAGUCGGCCAGGCUAAAGCGUGGAUGGCGGAUGACAGUGGUUACAUUCAUGACAAGACGGCCGAUCUCGCAAAAUUGACGGACAGGGAGAAGCAGAAGAUCGGCUUGAUGCCAAAACUCAACAGAAGGCUCCCACCCCGACCUGGUCACCCUGAAGACCCAACCGCCCUAGCAGAUCCACCCAAAGAAACGAGCACGUCCAAGAAAAAGGCCACCCCCAAGGAAACGGGCACGCCCAACAAACCGGGCAAGCCCAACAAAACGGAUAUUCUCGACAUCUUCACCCACAGAACCAAGAAGAAUCUCGCUUCAGCCACAGCCACCACUUCCGCAAGCCCGGCGUUUGUUACCGUUGACGGAGUCAAAGUGUCUGUUGUCCCCAGCGCAGAAUCAACCACUCUCUCGGAUUCACUUCGUUCGCUCGCCACGGUGAGUGGAGUGACGAUAGCUGUCAUCACUGCACCCACAACCUCGGAAUCCAACACUGCAAAAGCAACAUCUGGGAAUUCGCUGCGAAAUGCAUCGCCAGAAUCGCCUCGUUCUACUCAAUCACACCAAGAUGACAUGACUCCAGCCAUGUCAAAGAGAAUGGCCCAAGCUGGGGGAAACCCAAUGUUUGCGGGAACCUUUUUAAACGAACACGUCGGACGGGUGAUUAUACGCGAAGCCAUGGCAGCUGUCCACUACGGGGAAAUCCCUUACAAUGAAGCAUUGCCCAUGUAUAGAGCCUUGUCGCAUCUCCCUGCAUCAAUAAAGCCAGGCCGUGCAAAAGGACUCUGGAGAAUAAUGGCGAAAAGUCUCGAUCGCUGGCGUGAAAUUGCGAGUGAAAGAGGAAUAUCCCUGGAGGAGGCAUUGGAUAACCUGGCAGACCAAGCAGCGGUGAACCCUCAGAAGGCUAUCAGACAGAUACUGCGUAAUCAAGAGAUGGACCUAGGAGAUGUUCCAGAAGAAAUUCCAAAGGAUCCAAACGCUCCAGAGGAUCCAAACGCUCCAGAGGAUCCAAACGCUCCAGAGGAUCCAAACGCUCCCCCAGAAGACAACCCAGGGCCGGCUCCCAAAGAUCCAGACGUUCCUCAAGAUCCGGAUGCUCCCAAUGAUCCAAUUCAACCAGAGACUCCUCCAGAAGUUCCUCCAGAAGUUCCAGAAGUUCCUCCAGAAAUCCCAGACGUUCCUCCAGAAGUUCCCCCAGAAUUUCCAGCACCCGUCCCUGAAGUCGCAGCUCCCCUUGAUGUAGUUCAAGUACCAGGCUCCGAGGUGAUUGUGAAUGCGGUCACCGAAGGAGGCCUGGAGGCAGCAGGACAAGGAAUCGGCAGUGCCAUAGGAGGUGAGGCCAUUGGAGAAGGGCUUGCAAUUGGGGUGGGAGAGGGAGCAGCUGAGGGAGUUGGCCUUGCGGUUGGUGAGGCCGCCGCCGGUGGAGCUACAGAAGCUGCUGUUUUCGCGGCUGAAGGCGCUGUGCUCGGAGCUGAGGUGGCCGGUCUCGCACCGCUUCAAUUAAUCCCCAUCGUAGGCCAGAUUAUUGCUGGCCUGACGCUUUUUGUCACGGUCCUGACUGAGCUCCUCUUGCACCUUCUACACCGUAACGAACACCCCAAGAAUCCCGGUGGCAAACUCCAUUUCGCCUGGGAUUGGGAUGGCAUUCCAUACCAAUACGAUGACCAGCACCCGAUGCUAGACCAGGGAUCGCGCCCUGAGCCAACACCACCUCCGACCGGAUGCGACACCUUCGACAUGGAAGAUCUCGAACGCCGAGGCUGGACAACGACGCAAUAUGCCAUGUACCCUUGCCCAACAUUCAUCCCCAAAGAAUGUGCCAGCGAGUGGUACUUGGAAUUCUCCCUACAGCACGCGCUAAAAGACCGACACAACCGGCGCAAUCCCGUCUACUGUUUCGAAAGCGUCCCCUUCAAAACCACCCACCACGUAGAAGAAUACGAACAAGCCGUCAAAGUCGGCCGUAUUGCCGAUUACAGCCAAUACGCGGGCCACGAACUCGCCGAUCUGGAUGGAUGUCUUGGUGUGGAUGCAAAGCGACACGACAAGGAGAUGAAGAAGGAUUCACCGGGUAUUGAUCAGGAUGUCAUGGUUACGCAUAAGAAGUGUGUGGAGAAGUUUUUGCCUAAGAUGAAGCAUCAUAAUAUUGAGGAUAAGAAGUGCGCUUCUAAGGAGGAGUGUMAGGCUAUUACUGAUAAAUGGAUCCACAAAACGACUGGGUGGCCUAAGGGAUGCAAGAAGGCUGAGCCGGGUUGUUGGUAA